CGAGGCGCAGCAGCAGCAACAGGGGGUGGUGCCGAUGUAUUGGUACAUGCCAUGGAUGGGCAUGAUGGGGGCGGACGGGACGGGGAUGGGCGUGGCUGGGGGUGAGGGCAUGAACACUACCACCCACAACCACCAGGCGCCCCCUGGACAACACGCCCCCACCCCGGCCGCAGCACAGCAGUGGUGGGGUGGCUACCCGCCGUACGCCCUCUAUGGCAUGCCGCCAGGCGCGACGGCCCGGCAGACUGCCACACUCUCCCAGCAACGGGCAGCCCAGCCUGAGCAGAAGCCCCAGGAACUGGAGGGGGAGUCGCUGACGGCGGCGGUAGUGGAUUUUGGGAAGAAGAAGCAACAGCAGCAGAGCACUGGCGGACACUCGGCGGACGACCAGGCCAGCGCUGCGGCAGGAGGGGGCGAGGAACCCACAGCCGCGGCGGAGAAGGACAGCGGAGAGCCGAGGGCUGCGGGGCUGGAGGGAUCGGACGCUGCCCCAUCGCCCCCGAACGAUGGCUAGAGAUAGAGAUGGAGGGGGAGACAACUAGAUAGAGGGAUGGAGGGAGAGGAUGACCUCUUGUCCGGCCGUGUAGACAGGCGACACUAAGAACGAAGCACCGCAUAUGCCUGCCUGCCCCCCCCCUCUCGUGGGCGUGCUUGCGUACCUACCUGCAUGGCUUGGAUGGGCUGGGGUGUGUCAACUAAUUAUGGCUUGGAUGGGCUGGGGUGAAUGGAUGGUUAUGCUCUGUGGGGCGUGGAGGUGCAUGGCAUGGAUGUGAUCGGUCUGGGUAUGCCCACGUAUGCUAUGCUCUCGCUCUACUGUGGAAUGAAUGGAUGGCUCAUGUACCCGACUACCUCUUGAGGGCACGACACGACACACAGCCACACAGAGAGGACCAAUCCGUAGCGCGUCCGGCUGACCCAUCCUUUUGCAUGCACACAUGGACUGACGUGGCACCAACCUGCCUGUACCUGUAGUGAUUGACUGGAUGCACGCGUGCCUCUGGAAUGCAUGUGCACGAGCGACGAUCUGACUGCCUGCAACUUUAGAGGUUGGAUGCGGGGCUGACCGGCAUGUAUGUCGGGGGGAGGGAAACACACGUCGCACAAGGGACAUGGGCGACUACCUGCGUGGCUGACUGUCUGCCUGACUGCCUGAUUGUCUGUCUGCCUGACUGUCUGUCUGUCUGUCUGACUGUCUGUUUGUCUGACGACAUGGCUGAGACCGCGGCCAUUCCUUUUCCGACACCUUUUGCUUUUGACUGACCCGCACGUAUAAGUCAGGCAGACAGGCAAACGGACAGGCAGAUAGGCACGGACAAAGCCACACCACAGCACCCGCCACAUGUAACUGCCAACACGAACACCGCAUGACACGGGAGUGGAUGGGUGGGACCAAACCGUGGACAGAAUACAAGAACGCACCCGAGGGAUGAAAACUUGACAGAAG